CAACCAACACUGGACAUGGAGGACUAUGAUGUUCGCUCGGCCGCCAGCAUCCUGGCCUCAGUGAAAGAGCAGGAGGCGCGUUUCGAGCAGCUGACCCGCGCCCUUGAGGAGGAGCGUCGCAACGUCAACCUGCAGCUAGAGCGUGCCAAUCUGCCUCCCAACCCCCCCACCAGCCAACCGCUACCAUGGCAGCAAGUGGUGAUGCAGGAGCAGAGCCCCAGUAACGCCACAUCCCUGGCCAUGAUGCAGGAGCCGCAGGAGGUGGUGGAGGAGACGGUCACCAUCGAGGAGGACCCCGGCACCCCCACCUCCCACGUCUCAGUGGUCACCUCUGAUGAUGGAACCACACGGCGCACAGAAACCAAGGGUAUGUCAGCUAACGUGAAGGUGACUAAGAUGGUGAAGACGGUGACCACCCGGACAGUGCGUCAGGUGCCCCUUGGCCCGGAUGGUUUGCCACUGCCUGAAGGCACAUCCCCACUGGGCAGCUACACUGAUUCCAUCGACCGGCGAUACCUGAAGAAUGGAAGUGACCGCUUCAUAACGCCUCAAGCAACCUCCACCCUGACACGCUCCUACAACAACUCUUACAACGAUUCAUACGGCGAGACACCGGAGAGCCAGUACAUUCGCCAUUAUGGCCUGCACGAUGGGUACGCUGAUUUGACGGACAACUAUGGCAGUCUUUCACGAGGUGUCAACUAUCGGCCGCCGCGUUACCCCUACAUGCCGAAUAGCUACCGGCCAGAGAAUAGCUACACACUGCCUAUUAGAAAGGAUGACUAUGGGCAUGUGGCACAGCCUCAGGUGCCUAUGGGUAGCAGCACUGUGGAUCUGAACCGCUCACAACCAGAGCGCUUCCAGCCUGAGCCAUAUGGUCUGGAGGAUGAUCGCCGCAGUUUGGGCCCUGAAGAGGAAGAGCCAUAUGAGCUGGAACCCGACUACUCCACCGCCAACCGACGCACCCUGCCAGGGGCCAACCGUGGUCGUACCCAUCGGGAACCUCUGCGUGAUGGACCCCGAGUCAGAGGGUACCCAGAUGACCCCAUUGAGGCAGAGCUGAUCGAUGAACGCCACCCUUACAUCCAUGGCAUGUAUUCAGCACCACUGGCUCAGCCAGAGAGGGGUAGCAUGGCCAGUCUAGACCGCAUGGGUGGCCGACGCUCACCUUCCAUUGACAGCAUCCGCAAGGACCCACGCUGGCGUGACCCAGAUCUCCCUGAAGUCAUUGCCAUGCUUGGCCACCCGAUCGACCCAGUCAAAUCCAACGCCGCUGCCUACCUGCAGCACUUGUGCUACGAAAAUGACAAGAUUAAGAAAGACGUGCGUCAGCUGAAGGGAAUUCCUGUUCUGGUGGGUCUUCUGGAUCACCCCAAGUCUGAAGUCCACCGCAAGGCUUGUGGUGCCCUGCGCAACAUCUCCUAUGGCAAGGACAAUGACAACAAGGUGGCCAUCAAGAACUGUGACGGCAUCCCAGCCCUUAUCCGCCUUCUGAGGAAGACCAACGACAUGGAAGUACGAGAACUCAUCACUGGAACCCUGUGGAAUCUGUCAUCCUAUGAACCCCUGAAGAUGGUGAUCAUCAACCACGGCCUGCAAACCAUGACCAACGAGGUCAUCAUCCCGCACUCAGGAUGGGAGCACGAGCCCAACGAGGACUCAAAGCCGCGUGAUGCAGAGUGGACCACCGUGUUCAAGAACACCUCCGGCUGUCUCAGAAAUGUGAGCUCAGACGGGGCAGAGGCCCGACGCAGACUGAGGGAAUGUGAGGGAUUGGUGGACGCCCUGCUGCACGCUCUUCAGUCAGCUGUAGGGAAGAAGGACAUGGAUAACAAGUCUGUGGAGAACUGUGUUUGUAUUAUGAGGAACCUGUCCUAUCACGUCCACAAAGAGGUGCCGGGGGCUGAAAAGUACCAGGACCCAUCAGCGCUGCAAGCCCCUGGCUCAGCGGGACCACAAAGGAAGAAGAAAGAUGAUGCUGGCUGCUUUGGAGGCAAGAAGGCCAAAGAGGAAUGGUUUAAUCAAGGCAGAAAAAAUGGUGAGAAUGACAAAAGCUAUGACACAUUGGAUCUGCCCAAGCGCACAGAGCCGUCAAAAGGCUUUGAGCUGCUGUAUCAGCCAGAGGUGGUAAGGCUCUACCUAUCUCUGCUGACGGAGAGCCAGAACUAUAACACCCUAGAGGCAGCUGCAGGGGCUCUGCAAAACCUCAGUGCUGGACAGUGGACUUGGUCCAACUACAUCCGAGCCACAGUGCGGAAGGAGAAAGGUCUUCCCAUCCUGGUGGAGCUGCUGCGCUCUGACUCUGACAAGGUGGUCCGAGCUGUGGCCAUCGCUCUGCGCAACCUGUCCAUUGACCGCCGCAACAAGGAUCUGAUUGGAAGUUAUGCCAUGCGAGACUUGGUGAGCAACCUGCCCAGCGGUCAGCAGCGGCCAGCCAAGAACCUGGAGGAGGACACUGUGGUCGCCAUCCUCAACACAAUUCACGAGAUUGUCACUGACAGCUCUGAAAACGCACGCUCCCUCAUCCAGGCUCAGGCCAUCGAGAAACUGGUCGCCAUCAACAGGACCAGCCAAUCAGCACGUGAAACAAAGGCAGCAUCCCAUGUGCUGCAGACAGUGUGGAGUUACAAGGAGCUAAGGAACGCGUUGACCAAGGACGGGUGGAACAAAAGCCACUUCCAGCCCACUGUGACGGCCACUCCUAAAGCAACCAAGAAUGGCAAGCCAAGUUACGAUGACACCACUCUGCCCCUGAUGGAGAAGAACCAAGAUGGUUACUCUACCAUUGACCAGAGGGACAAAGACUGCAAAUACAAGACCGGCGACGGCUCAGUGGACCCGACAGAACGGGAACCAUUAAAGAAUGACACAAAUAGGAAACACUAUAUCAGGAGUAACAGGCCUGCAGUCAGUCUGGUGGACGCUUGUGAUGUUAAGCCCCAGCCUGUUGACUCCUGGGUCUAAGUGCAUGCAUGGCUUAAAAUAGCAACACUCUGACACCCAGCUAGAAGAGGAGCUUUCAUAUCAUCACUGCCAUUUCACAUGGAACUCAUCUUUGGAGUUGGACUCUGUACAGAAAAGGGGAUUUCAGAAAAAAAAAAAUAAUGAUCACAACAACUACCCAGCAGCAGCCAGCAUUCAGUCAUGCUUUUCAGAGAAAAAGUUUAAAAAAGAAUAAAAAGUGACUACUCCUACUACUUUCUCAUAUCAACAUUCCCACUGGACAUCAUGUGAAUUUGACAGUUUUGACUCUUGUUGAGCACGACUGGUGACAAGAAACACGGACAGAGGCUGAUGAUGGCGAAAGGAUGGAUAUGUGAUGAGGAAAGUGAAGUAAGCAAAGCAAAUGGGAAAAGAAUGUGUGUUGGAGAGAAACCUGUUGGAGGGGAAAAAAAAUGUUCUUUUAUUUUAGUUUUCAAGGCUGGAAGAAGACCUGCUACAAAUCUUGUAGGUUUUGGAGAGUUUUUCCUCUCAAUUUCUUAUCAGACUCUGGUUUUUGAACGUGAAUGGUUUGCAACAGGUGUAUGUGAAGGUCACCGAAGGUUUGUUUGAUGAUAUGGAUACAAGAGAAGGAGAGUAAAAGGAGAGAAAGUGAGCCUGAGAAGAACUGUAGCAUAGUGGCUAAACAUGUAGUCCCAGCAGUGUGCUCUCAUGAACUUAAAAUCCAUUUGGGAUCACUGUGUCUUUUUUCCAAAAAAAAAAAAAAAAGAAAAAGAAAAAAGUUCUAUAAAGUUACUUCAAUAACACUGAGAUGUUUUGAAAUCAAAUGUGUCAAACUAGUGAUUGGUGUCCCUUUUUUUUUUUUAUUAUAAAGUCAGAGGAGUCUGCAAGUUGUGGUCUGGAGAAAGGCAAGUGGCAUAGUGAGUACAUGGGAUGAAGCUUCUGUUCACACUGCAUCACAAAAGCAAGCAAACAAACAAACAAAAGCAACAAAGACUUCCUGUUUAAAUGUGGUCGACGUGAAUGAGCCAGAUGGUGCGUUGAACUUUCCUCACAGAGCCGUGGUUACUCCUGUAACCGCCAGGUUUGCAUAGUGAUGCAGUUUCAUGGUUCCCCAGCUGGUUGCUGUAUGUCAAUGAUGUGUAUUAAAGAGGAUAUAAGAGAUCUUGUUUAUAAAUGAUUUGUGUUUUUGAAAAGACAGGCAUAAGUUCUUUUUUGUUGAAAGGAUAGAUCCAAAAGGUUUUUUUUUUUAUUUUUGUUGGGUUUUAUAUAAAUGUAUAUUAGGGCUCAAAAGGACAAAAAAAAAAAGAAAAAGAAAAGAUAAAUGAAGGAAAAAAUGACAAGAUUUACUGACUUCUUAGUUGUAUAUUAAUAUCACAUUGUUUGGAAAGCACAUCUCAUUUGAUAAAAGUUCAACAUGUUUGUAAGCAAGAAAUAACCACGUAACUUAAAUGUGUGUCAAUUAUUGUUACACAGCCGAUCACCUAUUUAUAGUUUGUGUUUGAAAAGAAAAUGGUUACAGGAAGAAAAAAAAAUGUUUAUCUGGAAUUUUCUUGAUAAAGGCAACACAUCUGUGUUUGUCUGACCUCAUCUCUCUGGAGGGAUCAGAGGUCACACAGAGGUAACGGGAUAGACGAGAGGUGGCAGUAUUAAUAAAAGUCCCUUCAUUUUUCUUACCCCAAGACCAAGCUACCAUCGACCCUCCAACACCAGUGCAGUCUUAAAGAGAAAUAUUCAGUCGUGAGCAUGACAAGAAAUCUGUACAGAUGUGUAUAUCCUAUUCUUUCCAAGUGCCAUUUUUUUUUUAUAUAUAUAUAUAUAUAUAUAUAUAUAUAUAUAUAUAUUAACUACAUUCAUUCAUUCAUGUGCAAGAGGAGUGUACAGGUGGAUGAUUAGAUAGGGUUAGAGGCAAAGCAAAAAGGUUGCAUCCCACUGUACAAAUUCAAACAUCAAGUUUGACCAUAAAGUAUAUAUUUUUACAGCGCUACAGGGUGGGCAGCUGAGAUGCAGAAAAAGCAGGAGGGACAUUGAAGAGAAUCCAGUCCAAGGUGGUAUCACUCAUGCGUCAUCAAGGCGAAUGGCAUGUGCCUGCGUUAAAGUCAGAUUUUUCUUUGUGACGUACGUGACUUUAUGAAGCUUGCAUAUUUUACACGGUGUUUACAAAGAUGUACGUUGUGGUAAAAAUCAAUGAACUACAAAAAAGCAACUUAUUGUAUAAAUUUUAUUUUCAGAUGUUAAAAAAAAAAAAAAAAAAGGAAACACAAUACCCAGCAUCCCUUUUGUGUGUGUGUGUCCUCAGAAGUGUGUGCUUUCAUUGGGAAAAGACCCACAUGACUGUCUAUUCCUAACUGCACUACGCAGUACCACAACCAAAGGAUCUGGAGUUGUAUUUACACAAAUUCACAAUUUUCAAAAAAAAAAAAAAUUCAAAAAAGAGGGGUUUUUUUGGUUUUGUGGCUGUGCAGCUGUGACGUACAUUUCCCCAAAAAGGAAAAUAAAUGGACAUGGACACACACACAUUAAAUCAAACAGGCCUACCUGUGUAGAUAUAUCUGAAUCAAGACCGUCAAAAUAAAGUAACUGUACUACUCAGUAGCAGAUGUGUUUGUACCUAUCAUGUGCCUUAACCUUUUCCAUGGUAGAUAAAGAUAAGUGUGUUUUAUAUAAGCUCUAUUCCUCCCCUUCAGCUGUCAUCUCUCCAUUCCCUCUGUUCACCUUCUCUCCCCGUGUCAGCCCUCUAAUCAUUUUCCCUCCACUCAUCUCAUCACUUCAUGCAUCCUGCCCCCCCCCAGCCCAGCCCAACCUUCCCCACUCCCAGACCCUGAGUAGUUUAGACUGUUGGUGGGUUUCUGCCCUCUAUUACAUUGUAUUAUAAACUUUUAAAAAGAUAGAGUCAUUGGAAAAAUUGGUUUGAUUUCCUAGAGGAGAAAAGUUGUUAAUGCUUUCGUAGCGAGCAGAGGUGAUGCCACAGUGACAGAAUGUAUGUUAAUUUUACUAAUACCCAGAGGCAAUUAUUACGCUUGUUAAACAUAACGGAAAAAUACUGGUUUGUAGAAUAUAAAUUUGGUGUGUUUUCAAUAAAUCAUGCCUGGAAA